GAUCAUGCCCUGGUGCCAGUUCCCCGGCAUUUUGGGCCAGGAUUGAUGCGUCACGCUGGACUGAGCAAAGGGCGUGGAAUGGAAUUUUAUAACUAACGUCAAGUUACGUUCAAAUACAAAAGGAAAGAAAGAUGCCAUAACUAGAAUGCAAUGUUUGUGUUGUGGGUACAAAGAGGACACGUGCAUUGCUUCAGAUGAAAGUGUAGGUGGCUAAAUGUCGAACACCGAGUGACAUUAGGAAUAGCAUAUUCAUCAUGGCGUCACCCGAGCGCCGGGAACAGUCCCACUCGAGUGACAAAGCAUACGACUGCACAGACUGUGGAAAAGUGUUCUCAAAAAAUAGUGAUCUGAAGAGACAUGUGAUGAUCCACACAGGCGAGAGGCCAUACGUGUGUGAGGUAUGCGGACUUGGAUUCAUUGAGAGAGUAAAACUAACCUUCCACAAGCGGCACCACACGGGCGAGCGGCCCUUCGAGUGUUCCGAGUGUCACAAGACUUUUAUAAAGAAAAGUGAUCUCAAGAACCACCAAAAGACUCAUUUUGGCGAAAAGAAUUUCAUCUGCAGUGAAUGUGGGAAGGCAUUUCUGAAGAACAGUGAUCUCAAACGGCACACUAGACUCCACACAGGGGACCGCCCCUUUGCAUGCAUACUGUGCAGCGCAUGCUUCACUGAAAGUGGCAAACUGAAGAAACACUUUAUGGUUCAUACUGGUGAGAAGCCCGUUGCCUGCACCCAGUGUGGCAAGAGGUUUGCACAGACCUCAGACCUACGGCGGCACAACCGUGUCCACACAGGGGAACGGCCCUACGUCUGUGAGGUGUGCCACCAAAAUUUUAGUCAGCGCCACAUAUAUAAGGACCACAUGAAGCACCAUGGUGUUCCACCAGGUCCACCCAUGCCCAGAAAUUACACCCGACCAUCAAAUGCUGAACCCAUCUUACCCUUGCCAUCAAAUGUUAACAUGAUGGUGGACAGUGCAGCUCCUCCUGGUGGUGGCAACAGGGCAGCCACAGGACGGCCCUUCCCAGCAAGUGGCAGCAAGACCGGUGACUCGUCAGACUCUUCAUCCUUCCUCCAGGUGGAUGUGUGUGUGAAGGAUGAAGUGCUGCAUCUCGGGGACGAGUGCCGUCCCUGUCCUGCUGAUCUCACUUAAUGAAACUUUUUUUUUUUUUUUCCUCCAUUUAUCACCAGCACCAUUUCACAAUCCUUUACAUUAUUUUCCCCCACUGAUUGAAGAUGUACAAAUUGUAGCCUUGAACUUGAAUCCUAUUUAACUAGAGAAUUGACACAAAUUUUCCAGGUGAUAAUCCCCACAUUAUGUGAAGCUAUUCUACCUAUGUGUUUUGAUCAUGUUAUUAUGGCUUGUGAAAGAAUGACAGCAUAAUGUUAUUUUUUUUUUAAAUAUAGCCGAGCUUUUGUUGUGUGUGUGUGUGUGUGUGUGUGUGUGUGUGUGUGUGUGUGUGUAUUUGUGUUUGUGUGUGUGUGUGUGUGUGUGUCUAUGCACAUGAUGAUUUUGGGUGUGGGAAGUGUUGGGUGUAUUGUGCAAAGAAAGCUUUUCACACUGCUUAUGCCUGUCAAGUCCACACUGUCAUUCCUCAGUUAUCUCACCAUGAUAACUUUUGGAUUUUAGGAUAUUAGCGCAAAAUGAUCUCUGUGUGUUAAAGAAUUUAUAAAGCUGUAGUUGCAUUCAAGGGAUGAAUGUGUUUAAGAAUUUUAAUUUUAAAAUGCUGUGUACAGAAUUGGUAGCAGGUUGAUCUUGGGUUACUAUGUAUUUAAAUAUGCAGUGUUAUGAAUCUAGAUUUGUUCAUUCUUUGGGAAUGAUAAGAAGCAGCUGUAUUGUAUAUGAAGAAGAUUAUGGUUCAAACAAUGCAUAUAAAAAGCACAUACACACAUG